AUGGAGCCCUUUGCUGAAGGUGUCCUGAUUCACAACCUCUCGUCUCGUCGCCUCACACAACAACAGCUGGAGGUUUUAUCUUAUGACGCUAAGUUCAACACAAGAGAUGCUCGACCGGAAGAUUUCAUCGCAUCCUUCGAUUCGGCCCUUCAAAAGUGUGAAGCCAACGAAGAGUACAAAAAUUCCAUGCGGCAGCAAGUUUCGACUCUUCUCCUCCAGCACAAACCUCAAAGGGUGAUUUCCGAAGCAGAAGACCGAGAACUUCUGAGAAUGCGGAAGAUGAGGGAUAUCGUCACUCUGCCCGCCGACAAGGGACGCUCGACGGUUGUCAUGGACAAGACCGAGUACACGACGAAACUGGAAGGUCUGUUGGAGGACAAAGUUGCCUAUAAGCCUUCGGAGACUGGAGAGUUCAAGAAGCACGUGAACAGUGUAAACAAGGCGAUAGACAAGUUAAGGAAGGCAGGAGCCCUCAAGAGGCAGGAAGCACUGGCCGCAAAAGCCACCGAUGCCGCCAUGGCGCGCUUCUACGGUCUGCCAAAAGUGCAUAAACCGGGAGUACCUCUACGCCCCAUAGUCUCAUUACGCGGCACCCCGACCUCUGGACUGUCGAAAUGGCUUUACCAACGAUUCCGUUUCCUGACCGGGGAUUCCGAAUGGACGGUGAAAUCGGCUGAGCAGUUUUUGAGGAGUAUCAGACAUCUAGAAAUAGAGUCAGACGAGAUGAUGGUAUCGUUUGAUGUGGUCUCCUUAUUCACCUCCAUUCCAACGGACCUUGCCAUCAGCACCACUAACGAGCUUCUUCAGGAGAAGUACGAUGAAAAUGAUCAACGGCUUAAACGAACGCAUGUCAUCGAACUCCUGGAAUUGUGCCUCAGAACUUUAUUCACUUUCAACAACCGGGUUUACGAACAAAAGAAGGGAACACCGAUGGGCUCCCCGCUGUCUGGACUGAUUGCCGAGGCUGUUCUACAGAGGCUCGAGCGACUGGUCUUCCGUUCGUACUCCCUAAAAUUCUGGGCCAGAUACGUCGACGACACAUUUGUCGUAAUCAAGAGGAACGACGUUCAGGACUUCAAAGUCUUGUUGAACUCAAUAUUCCCCGACAUCCAAUUCACAAUGGAAGAGGAGUACAACAACCAGUUGCCCUUCCUUGACGUAAACAUCACAAGAAUGGCUAAUGGGGGGAUCAGAACUACGGUAUACCGAAAGGCAACGAAUACCAGACACAUCCUCCAAUUCCGGAGUAACCACCCCAUCGGUCAUAAACGCAGUUGUGUCAGAGCUCUUUUCCAACGAGUUCAAACACACUGUAAUGACAAAGACGGGAGAAGGGAGGAAGUGAAGUACCUGCAUUCCCUAUUCACAGCCAAUGGUUACCCACGAUCCUUCAUACGUGAGUGCCGAAGAGGAUUUAACCGCGAACAAUCUAAUGAUGAGAAGCCGAAGUUCUGGCUCGCAAUCCCCUACAUGAGGAAUGUUUCUGAGGCGACAGCAAGAAUUCUGAGCCCUUUUGGGAUUGGGGUGGCCCAUAAACCGGAAUCCACUAUCAGGCAGCAGAUAAUGAGGCCCAAAGACCAGCUACCUGCAACGGAACAAUCAGCAGUGGUCUACAGCAUACCUUGCCCAGAUUGCGGUGCAAGGUAUGUUGGUGAAACGGGCAAACGCCUCUGCACAAGAUUGCACGAGCACCAGCUUGCAGUCAACCGCGAGGAUAAGCUGUCAAUGGUAUAUGGCCACAUACAACAGGAGAAGCACAGUUUCGUCUUUGGGGAGGCGAGCGUCAUCGGCCGAGCGAGCGACAAGAUGGCCAGACUGGUUCUCGAAAGUUGGUCCUCAGUUGACACAAUCAACAGAGCCAUUGAUCUUCAUCCGGCCUACCAGGCGCUUCGUACGAGGCCCCAGUCAGUUCGGACGGGGCCGACAGCACUGGCGAACAAAUCGCGGCUCUCUCAACAGUUGUCACCUUCCCAGCAGGGGGAGAGAGCCAGCCGGGUGUCAGACGACCGACGCGAGAUCUCGACCCACCGACGCGCCCAAACAGCCGACCACGAUUCCCACAUGCAACGACAGCUGAUCAGCCCGUCAAAUUAUGGGGGGAGGGCCCAAGGGCACGCGGACCUAGCAGCGACAACAGCGGCCGGGCAGGGGGCAGAGGUCACACCAGCGCCCCAGCGGUCGGCCACGGAGAGACCUAAGCCAAUCCCCCGCCAGCAGGCAGGUCAGAGUUCGUGCAGCAGACAUGCCUAUAACACGAGACAGGCGGCGAGACAGAACAACUCUGAGCUAGCAGGAACAAACACCCUACCACUACUCUGA